AUACAAGCCUUUCUCUCUCUCUCCCUCUCUCUGUCUCUGUCUUUUAAACGGCCAUUACCGUUCUGGUUCGGACUUGCCGUCGACGCAGAAGAAUCUCCUCAGCCAAAGCCAGCAAGCGAAGGGGAGAGAAGAGCUUUCCAUUGCAAUGGGUUUGCAGGAGGAGUUCGAGGAGCACGCCAAGAAGGCAAUGACCUUGCCUGAGAACACAUCCAACGAGAACAAGCUCAUCCUCUACGGGCUGUACAAGCAGGCCACUGUCGGACCCGUCAACACCAGUCGCCCUGGAAUGUUCAACAUGAGGGACCGAGCAAAGUGGGAUGCCUGGAAGGCCGUUGAGGGGAAAUCGAAGGAGGAAGCAAUGGGCGAUUACAUCACCAAGGUGAAGCAGCUCCUGGAGGAUGCUGCUGCCUCUGCUUGAUGUUUCCAUGCUGCGUAUUUCUCUUGCCCCUCUGGCCUCUAAUGUUUCAGAACUUGAAAGUAGAAUGUAAUAAUUUAAACCGAUGUACUCUCGUGUGUGAUGCUUGAAAUAUCCAUCUGCCGGAAUCAUCGCUUAAUCUUAUCAGCAGCUAUGCCUUUUGUCAUGGACUUUCCGCUUCUUUCUUGCUGCUCUGGUUUUCGACUUUCCGCUUCUUUGUAGCUAAUAUAGCCUUUAAAAAACGUGCUUUUGAAAGUAGA